AAGCCCGUACACCUCAACUUCCACGGAUCGGGGUUCAUAUUCCCCUCCCUCGGGUCGAACCAUCUUGCCUGUACGCUACUAGCGCGACAAACAGGUGCCAUCGUGCUAGACUGCGACUACCGGAAGGGCCCGAAGAAGAACGAGGAGGGGAGGUUUGAUGGGCGGGUUACGGUGAGCGGGUUCUCGGCUGGGGGGACGCUGGCGCUCGCUUUGGUGGGGAAUUUGGAGGAAGGGGUGCAGGUCCAGGGGGUGACGGUCUUCUACCCGCCUGUGGACUGCUCGGUGCCUUUUCGCAAGAAGGUGCCUCCUCCUCCGGGCCCGGGGGGGCCAAACCCGAUAGGAGACUUGGAGCUUAUGCGGCUGGCGUAUUUGGGAGACUGGAACGAGCUGAGGGACCCGAGGUUGAGUCCCGCGUUCUGUGAGCCGGGGAAGUUCCCAGAUAAAGGGAGGACGUUGCUCUUGAGUGUUGAGCAGGACUGGCUGGACGCUGAGUGCCGGGCGUUUGGGGAAAGACUGGAUGAGGCGGGGAGGGGAGUGGUGAGGAUUUGGGAGAAAGGGGUGGGGCAUGGGUUUGACGUGUUUUGUUCUGAGGGAACGGGGGAGGCGGAGAGAAGGGAUCGCGUGUAUAGGGAGAUGGUGCUGUGUGUGAAG